AUCAGCAUGGCAAAGACUUUCGCUCUAGUUGCGGCAGCGGCGUCGCUGAUACAUUCCGUCACCGCUCAAUGUACGACCGCUCCAAACCAGACAUACGACUAUAUUGUGAUUGGAUCGGGAGCUGGUGGUAUUCCUGUCGCCGACCGCUUGAGCGAGGCCGGCCACUCUGUGCUUUUACUAGAGAAGGGCCCGCCGUCCAGCGGAAGAUGGAACGGCACAAUGAAGCCCGCGUGGUUGGAAGGCACAAAUCUUACGCGGUUUGAUGUGCCAGGCUUGUUCAAUCAGAUCUGGAGGGAUUCGAACGGAGUCGCGUGUGAGGAUACAGGUGUCAUGGCCGGCUGUGUCCUGGGUGGAGGCGUAGCCGUAAACUCGGCGCUGUGGUGGAAGCCUCCAACUAGAGAUUGGGAUGUGAAUUUCCCCGAAGGAUGGAAAAGCGCCGACAUGAAGAGCUCAGUCGACAAAGUGUUUCAACGAAUCCCGGGAACCGAUACUCCUUCGCAAGAUGGGAUACGCUACAACCAAGAGGGCUUUGAACGAAUCAGUGAGGGACUCGACGCAGCAGGGUUCAAGCAGGUUAAGCCCAACGAGCAGUCUGAAGAGAAGAACAUGACUUAUGGUCAUUCCACAUUCUUCAUUGAGAAUGCCGAGAGACAAGGCCCGCUGCGCACAUAUCUCGAAACCGCUGCUGCACGUUCCCAAUUCUCACUUUGGACCAACACCAUGGCUAGAAGAGUUGUCAGAACUGGAGGGCGUGCCACUGGCGUUGAGCUGCAAUGCAGAAAUGGCGCUGGAUUCAAUGGAACCGUCAACGUUACACCUGGAACUGGUCGCGUUAUCGUAUCUGCUGGUACUAUGGGCUCUGCUAAAGUGCUCUUCCGAAGUGGCAUCGGUCCUACAGAUAUGUUGAAUGUGGUCAAGAAGUCUCCCAUCGACAACGAAACCAUGAUCUCGGAGGAUCAGUGGAUCAACCUACCCGUAGGAUAUAACUUGAACGACCACGUGGGAACAGACAUCCAGGUGGCUCACCCAGACAUCCGAUUCUACGACUUCUAUAAAGCAUACAACACCCCUAUCCAAACCGACGUCGAUGCCUACCUGGCGAACCGCACUGGCAUGCUCACAACAGUCGCACCCAAUCUCGGUCCCAUUAUUUGGACAGAAGUUACCCCUUCAGACGGCCGAACACGCUCUAUCCAGUGGCAAGCCCGCGUCGAAGGCCGCACAAACACAUCGAUGACAAUAACGCAAUACUUGGGCACGGGCUCCAUCAGCCGCGGCCGACUAGACAUUACGCCCCAACUCAACACCCGUGUAGUCACAGUGCCAUACUUACGCAAUGCAACCGACAAAGAAGCCGUCAUCAUGGGCAUCGAGCACAUGCGCGGUGUGCUCAACGGCGUGGCGAACCUGACAUGGGUGACUCCAACAGCUGAGCAGAACACGACUACGUUUGUCAACAGUAUCCCCGCGGCGCUCGCAUCCCGCAACUCCAACCACUGGGUUGGAAGUUGCACCAUUGGCCCCGCAAACGACGGCACUGCAGUGGUGGACCUCGAUACCAAAGUGUACGGCAUGGAUAAUCUGUUUGUAGUGGAUGCGUCGAUUUUCCCGGGAAUCACAACAGGGAAUCCAUCUGCUGCUAUUGUGUCGGUGGCGGAGAAGGCUGCGGCGAGAAUUCUUGCAUUGAAGGGGACCGAGAGUGAGGAUGGGGAUGUGUAGAUGAGUCCGGGUGAAGAUGUUAUUGCCAUCAUCAAUGAGUGCUUCCAAGGGUUUGUAGUUUCGUAUGGGAAGGCUUGAUAAUACCAGUAACAUCAAUGAUAUACACAACCAUGCGUACUUU